CCUUGGCGCCUUUUCGAACCACUCAUGGGGCUGGGGCUCGCUGGCGGCGGCCGGCCGGCCACAGCCCUGACCUCUGACCCCUGACCCCGCCAGGCCAAUCGGGUCCUGCAGAGCAUUGUGGACCCAGCCAGGAGCCAGCCCCAGCCCUGGCCAUGUUCUCCGAGCAGGCGGCCCCCACGGCGCAGGGGCUGCUGGCCCCCCCCUCGGCCGAGCCCUCCACCUUCGCCAGGGCACCGGUCUCCACCUACACCGACUGCACCGAGCCCUUCCGGCUGGGUCAGCGCAGCUUCAGCCGCCAGUACGCCCACAUCUACGCCACCCGCCUCAUCCAGAUGCGGCCCAUGCUGGAGGAGCGGGCCCAGCACAAAUGGGGCAGCGGCAUCACCAUGAGGAAGCUGUGUGAGCUGCAAGCUGGGGAGAAGUGCUGUGUGGUGGGAACCCUCUUCAAGUCCAUGCAGCUGCAGCCCUCCAUCUUGCGAGAGAUCAGCGAGGAGCACAACCUUUUGCCCCAGCCACCUUGCACCAAGUACAUCCAUCAGUCUGACGAGCUCAUCUUGGAAGAUGAGCUGCAACGGAUCAAGCUGGAGGGAACCAUUGAUGUUCAGAAGCUGGUGACAGGUACCAUCCUCGCCAUCUACGGCUCAGAGAAGGACAAUGGCAAGUUCCUGGUAGAAGACCACUGCUUUGCUGACCUGCCCCGGCAGCUGCCCAUGCGUGGGCCCAGCACCAACCACUUUGUCCUGCUGGUGUCAGGCCUGGGGCUGGGCAGUGGGAGUGGCGAAAGCCUCCUGAGCAUGCAGCUGCUGGUGGAUGUGGUCACAGGGCAGCUGGGGGCUGAGGGUGAGCAGAGCAGUGCAGCCCAGAUCACCCGCGUCAUCCUCGCCGGCAACUUGCUCAGCCAGAGCACCCAGAACAGGGACACCAUCAACAAGGCAAAGUACCUCACCAAGAAGACGCAGGCGGCCAGCGUGGAGGCUGUGAAGAUGCUGGAUGAGAUCUUGCUGCAGCUCUGUACAUCUGUGCCCGUGGACGUGAUGCCUGGCGAGUUUGACCCAACUAACUACACACUGCCCCAGCAGCCGCUGCAUCGCUGCAUGCUGCCCCUGGCCAGCACCUACUCUACCCUGCAGCUAGUCACCAACCCCUACCAGGCUGAGAUCGACGGGGUCAGGUUUCUGGGGACAUCCGGCCAGAACAUCAGCGACAUCUUCAAGUACAGCAGUAUGGACGACUACCUGGAGAUACUCGAGUGGACACUGUGUGUGGGACAUAUCAGCCCCACAGCGCCAGACACUCUUGGCUGCUACCCCUUCUACAAGUCAGACCCCUUCAUCUUCACCGACUGCCCUCACGUCUAUUUCUGCGGGAACGCGCCACUCUUCAGUUCCAAGCUGCUCAAAGGAAGAGAUGGGCAGCAAGUGCUGCUGGUGACGGUUCCAGACUUCAGUGCAACUCAGACUGCCUGCCUCAUCAACCUGUGUGACCUCAGCUGCCAGCCUGUCAGCUUCUCUGGCUUCAGCGCUGAUGAGGAUGAGGGUGACAUGGAGAUAGGACACUGAACAGGUCCCACCGCUAAUGGACCUUAAUUAAAGCCUCCCAGUCCCUCCUGCAGCCUGUAGCUAUGCAGGGAGGGGUAGGGACUGACCUCUG